GUUUCCUGUUGUCGGUGGCCCGGAGACCGCAUCGUCGACUUGGAGCUGAGGGGCUCCCGCGGCCGAGAAUGCCCCCGGCUCCGCUGCCCGCUCCCCUGGGUGUCGGAGUUUGGGCCAUUUGGCUUCCAUGAACAUGGAGCUGAUUAUUCCUAGAGCAGCUGAGGCACAAGGACCUUCCUGAGGCACCGGAUUUCCAUGCUCAGUGCCAUGUGAUUCUCCGCGGGAGCUGCUUGUGAGUGGAGAUGCUCUCAGUAGGGGAGAAUGGACUGGACCCCCGGGCUGCCAUCCCGGUCAUCAAGAAGAAGCUGGUGGGAUCCGUGAAAGCACUGCAGAAGCAGUACGUGUCUUUGGACACCAUGGUCACCAGUGAAGACGGAGACGCUAACACCAUGUGCAGUGCCCUGGAGGCUGUGUUCAUACACGGCCUACAUGCUAAGCACAUCCGAGCUGAGGCUGGAGGAAAAAGGAAGAAAAGUGCCCACCAGAAGCCUCUGCCGCAGCCGGUCUUCUGGUCCCUUUUGAAAACUGUCACCCACAAACACAUCAUCUCGGAAUUGGAGCACCUGGUCUUUGUGAACACGGACGUGGGCCGCUGCCGGGCCUGGCUGCGGCUGGCCCUCAAUGACGGCCUGAUGGAGUGCUACCUGAAGCUGCUGCUCCAGGAGCAGGCCCGGCUAUGCGAGUACUAUCAGCCCUCAGCCCUGCUCCGAGAUGCCGAGGAGGCCGAGUUCCUCCUUAGCUUCCUGCAAGGAUUAACGUCCUUGUCCUUUGAACUCUCCUACAAGUCCGCCAUCUUAAACGAGUGGACACUCACCCCAUUGGCCCUGUCUGGGCUAUGCCCACUCUCUGAGCUUGAACCUGUCACUACCUCUGGUGCAGAACUACAGCGGAAGGAGUCUCUGGAUUCAAUUUCUCACUCCUCAGGCUCAGAGGACAUCGAAGUCCAGCAUUCGGGCCACAAGGUCCGGCGGAACAGAAAGCUCACUGCCUCCUCCCUCAGCCUGGACACGGCCAGUUCCUCCCAGCUGUCCUGCAGCCUAAACUCCGAUAGCUGCCUACUCCAAGAGCAUGGCUCUAAGAGUCCGGACCAUACUGAAGAGCCCAUGUCCUACGACUCAGACCUGGGCACAGCAAAUGCUGAUGACUCAGACCGGUCCCUGCAAGAGGUGUUGUCGGAAUUCAGCAAAGCCCAGGUAAACUCUGUGCCAACCAGGGGACCGAGCCAAGAGCCAGAGAUCCCCGCACUCCAGGCCUCGCCCUUCCUCCAUGGCCUCGCCACCAGCACACACCUGCACUUUGAUGUGUCUGCGGAGCCCCCUCCUGCUGAAGCAUCCUCUGAGACCCAAGAUGGUGCCCACAAGCAGGAGCCGCUUUCCCAGGCACCUGGCACCCUGGACCAGCCACAGCUGGGCACUGCUCAAGCUGUCUCUGCGGGGAGCACUUCAAGCAAGCAUCCUGCUUGUCCGGUGAAAGGGACAGCCAGAGCAGGCAGCCAAGGGAGUGGCCAGCAGAAGGCUCUGCAGGAUGAUGGAGCUGGACUGAAGCUGACGGUUUCUUCUCCUACCAGUCCGAAAGGCAAGAGCUGGAUCUCAGAAGAUGACUUCUACCGGCCUCCCCAGGAGCCACCACCAGAGAGUGCUUCUGCUCACUCCCUGGUGCCCUGCAGAGGGGCUCCAGAAACCAGGGCUGCUCUCCACAGGCAUUUUUCUCAAGGACCAAGAAAGAGCUCCUCCCUGGGGGCACUAGACAAAGUGUGCACGCCUUCCCCAGGGUCCAGGAGAGCCAAGGCAGCCCCAGCGCAGGAGCCCAGGAACUUCCGGGUGGUACACCGGAGGCAGAUGGGGCUGUCCAACCCAUUCCGCGGCCUCAUGAAGCUGGGCACCGUGGAGCGGCGGGGGGCCAUGGGCAUCUGGAAGGAGCUCUUCUGCGAGCUCUCCCCGCUGGAGUUCCGCCUCUACCUGAGCGACGAGGAGCGCACCUGCGUGGAGAGCUGCUCCCUGCUGCGCUGCGAGUCUGUGGGGCCGGCCCACAGCGAUGGGCGCUUCGAGCUGGUCUUCUCUGGCAAGAAGCUGGCCCUGCGUGCCUCCUCACAGGAUGAGGCCGAGGACUGGCUGGACCGCGUGCGGGAGGCCCUGCAGAAGGUCCGGCCUCAGCAGGAGGACGAGUGGGUGAACAUCCAGUACCCAGAGCAGCCUGAGGACCCUCCUGAGUCCCCCCAGGGCAGCCACCCCUCCCACUCAGACCUACUCCCAGAGUCUACAGCCCUGCAGGGCACACACUUCAGCUGGUCGUCAGCCCAAGUUCCAGAGCCGGACGCUAUUAAGGAGUCCCUUCUGUACCUGUACACGGACAGGACCUGGAUGCCCUAUAUUUUCUCCCUGUCCUUGGAGUCUCUGAAAUGCUUCCGUGUGAGAAAUGAGGAGAAGAUGCUGAGUGACAGCCAUGGCGUGGAGACCAUUCGAGAUGUCCUGCCAGACACCAGCCUCGGGGGCCCGGCCUUCUUCAAAAUCAUCACAGCCAAGGCCGUCCUGAAGCUGCAGGCUGGGAACGCCGAGGAGGCCGCCCUGUGGAGGGACCUGGUGCGCAAGGUCCUGGCGUCUUACUUGGAGACGGCUGAGGAGGCAGUGACACUUGGCGGGAGUCUGGAUGAAAGCUGCCAGGAGGUGCUGAAGUUUGCCACGCGGGAGAACGGCUUCCUGCUGCAGUACCUGGUGGCCAUCCCCACGGAGAAGGGCUUGGACUCCCAGGGCUGCUUCUGUGCAGGCUGCUCCAGACAGAUCGGCUUCUCCUUUGUACGACCCAAGCUCUGUGCCUUCUCUGGCCUCUAUUACUGUGACAUCUGCCACCAAGAUGACAUCUCAGUGAUCCCGGCCAGGAUCAUCCACAACUGGGACCUCACCAAGCGCCCGGUCUGCCGGCAGGCCCUGAAGUUCCUGAUGCAGAUCCGGGCCCAGCCCCUCAUCAACCUGCAGCUGGUGAAUGCCUCGCUGUACGAGCAUGUGGAGCGGAUGCACCUCAUCGGCAGGAGCCGGGAGCAGCUGAAGCUUCUAGGGGAUUACCUGGGCCUGUGCCGGAGCGGCGCCCUGAAGGAGCUGAGCAAGAGACUCAGCCACAGGAAUUACCUCUUAGAGUCUCCUCACAAGUUCAGUGUUGCUGACCUGCAGCAGAUCGCAGAGGGCGUGUAUGAAGGGUUCCUCAAGGCGCUGAUCGAGUUCGCCUCCCAGCACGUUUACCACUGCGACCUGUGCACCCAGCGCGGCUUCAUCUGCCAGAUCUGCCACCACCACGACAUCAUCUUCCCCUUUGAGUUUGACACCACAGUCAGGUGUACCGAGUGCAAGACCGUCUUCCACCAGAGCUGCCAGGACGUGGUAAAGAAGGGCUGCCCCCGCUGUGCCCGCCGGCGCAAGUACCAGGAGCAGAGCAUCCUCACCUGACCCUGUUCUGAGCAGCCCUAGAGGCUGGAGGCAGGGUGCAGCCCCACCAUCCCAGCCGGGUUUGCCAUCAGCCCUCUGGGUCUCACCCACGUCCCAGCUGCCUCCCCUUGUCAGGAAGCCCCCGUGAUGCCCGCGGCUUCCCACCACCUCUCUGCUCCAAGAGGCGGGGACACAGCAGACGCCCGUGCCCAGGGAAGACGGGCCUUCAUUCACCAGGCCCUGGCUCGCUCAGGUCCCAGCACCUCCAGCAGGGCUGUGCACACACUCUGGAAAAGAGACCUGGGGGACGUUUUCAGGCCACAUUCCUGAUUAAAAGGUCUAGUUUUGUAAGGUGGCUUUUUCCCCUUCAUAUUUCAACAGAAAAUAUUUUUUUAUUCUUGACCCUACACAAAUCAUCCAAGAAAUCCAGGCAUGUUUACCCUGAGCAAACGUGCCAGGGCCGCUUAGGCCUGGCCUGAAGGCGGGCUGGGGGCUGGCAGGAGGCCACUGCCAGGCAGUGCCUGUUGGCUGCACUGGGUGCCUUGCCUUCACCCUCGCCUGUGCGUUCAGCCAGCAGAUUGGGUCCUUGUGCCAAACUCCUGCCUUGCAGAGUGGGCAGUCCUGAUGACCGCCUCCUUCCUCUCCCUGACCCUUGCUUGUCGCCUGAAAAACCCAGCCCCCCUCCUUUGUGUCCAGUCCCCCUGGAUCUUCUCUAACCCGGGGAUUUGGUCCCUGCACAGGAAGGGAAAACGACUCAAAACCAGCACUGGCAGCACUUUGGCCUUCCUUGAUUCAGGGAAGGGAAUCACCCCGCCCACCCCUUGUCCCUAGGCCCUUCUCACUCCUACACGGCAGGGCCCUACCUCAGGCGGGCUCCCAGGCCACCCACCUGCCUGCCUGACCCUUGCUGGGGCAGGCUUGACACGGUAGAGAAGUAGCCUCACCCUCCCCCUGUGUGAUGUGUGGGAUGCCCAGAAGCUCCUCGGUGGGGACAGAGCCAUGGACUCACACACCGCCAGAGCUGGCCGACGCCCCGGGGAAGAAUCGCCCUGUGAGGGGUGUUGGGGUGGGGCUGGGAGCCUGGGAUUGUUUUCAAACUGAUGAUCAGACCCUUGCGGUGUGGGGGAAGUGUGCAUGUGGUCCCUCUGCUGCCUUCCCCGCCUGUCCUGGACCGGGCAGGUCCCUCAGCCCCGGAGGCCCCGGGUGAGCUCUGCCUGCCCCCAUCAGGAGGUUCAGCUGCUGAGUCACCUGCCAAUCCCACGGGGCUCGGUGGGUGAGUGGAGCAGAGGAGGCAGCGCACAGCUUCUCCGCUCCCUCGCGAGUGGUGUGCGCCUGUGCCUCCCCGGGAAAUCAGUCCUGUCCCCUCCCCACCCCUGAUUUGUGGUGGAGCCUGACCAGAGCCAUCACUGCUCCAGGUCCCUGCGUGGGCAAGGGCCUGGCCUGGGGUGGGCCUUGGGUCUGGGGUACAUUCCAGGAGGCAGCAGGAGUGAAGCCCCGGUUGGUCGGGCCUCCCACUCCCACCCCCACUCCUGGAGUAUGAGCAGCAGAACGCCCCCCCCCCCCCAAGGGCUGCUGACGCUGUCAGAUGGGCUGACUCCUCCCCCUCGCCUCCAGUGGAAAGCUGAUGUGCGCCUCAGUGGUGCCCACAGUUUUAAAAAUGGGAUUGUAGGCAAUAAGCUGUUCCUGAGGAGUGGGGCUCUGGCCCUGAGAAGUGCUUUUCUGUUAUUAAAGGAACAAUGAUUUUGCAGUAA